GUCUUACACCACUGACUUGGCUGGUUCCAAGCUUGUUUUCUUGCUCGUGCUACUUCCAUUCCAGUUUUCUUCUUCCUCUGGCUACUUCCGCUCAUCUCAGACAAUUCUCCACACCUUUGACGGUCAUUCGCGCUGUCAUGGAUAAGACUUCGUCACAGCUCUCCGGUACGGGGUGCGACUUCGUGGUAGCCACCACUCAAGCGAGCAUCAACUCCAGUCUUCUGAACUACCUGGCUGAACGCAGUCAACCCAUGGAGUCCAUCUUUUACUUGGCGGAUGCGAAAGGCGAUCCCACACUGGAGAUUGGUCGGGGUCAGCUUCUGGAUAAGACCGGCGGGGUUGACCCCUGUGUUAUCGAAGCCGAAACUCUGUGCGAUGAUCGUCAAAUCACCACGGUCACCAAGGCGCGCUUCAUGAUCGUCACCGUGAUUCAGAACACACCCCCGGGCGGAUGGGGCAACCCCGGCUCGUGGAAUGCCGAGGUCGACCUCGUCGUGGCCGAUCUGGACCACAAUUUGGACAGUUCGAACUAUCUCAACAAUCACCCCGACGUCAAGAACGAGCUGAGAAAGGCGUUGGUCAAUGUCUCGGGCUCGGCCUUCAGCCUGCAGCAACUCCUGUAUGGUCUGGCUAAUGCUGCUCUCCAAGGGGACCCGCAAUUUCCGGGGAUGGACAUGUCCAAGGACGCGGGGUAUAUCCUUCAGAUGUACUUUGAGGAGCUUUCCGGUCUGUUCGCUUCCUCCUUCGCCGCCACCACGAGGCCUUCCACCCAGCUCGCCAUCUCCGAGGCGGAUUCGUCAUUCUCGGAGCUGCAAGACAUGAUCUUUGCUACCGGCCACGCCCUCGCGGGCCUCGCAGGCCUCAUCCUCGGCUCCAUGAGCAUUUUCGAGGCCAACAGUGAGACGGCCAAGAACCCCUUCGCAACGCCAGCGAUGAUCCUGGGGAUCGUCCGCGCGGCGCUCCAGGGGGUCACGAACCACUUCGCGCCGCGCGACCCGAUCGCCAACGAGUGGGCCCUCCUCGGCCUCGAGGUGCUCGUCAAGGUCUUCUUCGCCGAGAAGACGCAGGGCGCGCUGACCCAGCUCGGGAACAGGAGCGCCAGCGUCGGCAAGCUGGUCUUCAGCAACGCCCGCGGGCUUGUGGCCAUCGUCGACGCAGUCCUGAUCCCUCCGGCGAUCGUCAUCACCAGCUGGCACAUCGGCGAGCUGGCCCAGAAGCCUGCGGGCAAGGUCAACUCCGCCGCCAUCCUGGAGGAGUGCGGCAAGGUGGCCUCGUGGAUCUCGCAGUGCGCCUACGCGAUCGCGCUGAACGACCCGGAGCCGAAUUCGAAGGAGCUGACGGUGGGGUUGACGGGGCUGGCCAUCUGGAUCGCCGCCGGGUUUCAGUUGGGGGAAGCCGAGUGGUGUUGAUCCUGCCGUGAAUCCUCCUGCUCUUGAUCAACCGCACAAAGAUCGAUACCAAGGACCGUCUUCUUCUUGCAGGAGACUUGCACUUUGAUAAAAACCAGACGUUUCCUCAUACCUCAGCCCUGGGAGUUAUGGCAUCGGUUUUUCGCCGGGCUAGGUAUUACUCUAUGUUAGGCAGUAACAAAGAUUAUCAAACAAUGCCAAACUAGUUUACGUUGUACAUAGGUAUAGUUGGUGUGAGAAAGAAAGAAAAAACCA